CUCGCGCCGCCGCAGCUUGGCGGGUUGUCCGGGUAACCGCGCGAGUCGUCGGCGUCUGGUAGCAUCUGAGAGACAGGUGUGCGUCAUGCAGUUGAAGCACCUGAGGACCCUGCUGAGCCCUCAGGAUGGAGCUGCAAAGGUCACCUGCAUGGCCUGGUCACAGAACAAUGCCAAAUUUGCUGUCUGCACAGUGGACCGAGUAGUACUACUGUAUGAUGAACAUGGAGAGCGGAGAGAUAAAUUCUCCACCAAACCAGCUGACAUGAAGUAUGGCAGAAAGAGCUACAUGGUAAAGGGCAUGGCAUUUUCCCCUGAUUCCACUAAAAUUGCUAUUGGACAGACUGACAACAUCAUCUAUGUCUACAAGAUUGGAGAAGAUUGGGGUGACAAGAAAGUCAUCUGUAACAAGUUCAUCCAGACGAGUGCUGUGACUUGUUUGCAGUGGCCUGCAGAAUACAUCAUAGUCUUUGGACUGGCUGAAGGCAAGGUACGUUUAGCAAAUACAAAAACUAACAAAUCUUCUACCAUCUACGGGACAGAUUCUUAUGUAGUGGCACUGACAACCAAUUGUUCGGGGAAAGGGAUCCUCUCUGGUCAUGCAGAUGGUACCAUUGUUAGGUAUUUCUUUGAUGAUGAAGGCUCUGGAGAGUCCCAGGUAAUUGUGAAGAACCUAUCCUCAGGGACCCGAGUGGUGCUCAAGUCACACUAUGGCUAUGAGGUAGAAGAGGUGAAGAUCUUGGGAAAGGAACGUUAUUUGGUGGCUCAUACAUCAGAUACACUGUUGCUGGGAGACCUGAACACCAACCGCCUUAGUGAGAUAGCCUGGCAAGGAUCUGGUGGCAAUGAGAAGUAUUUCUUUGAAAAUGAGAAUGUGUGCAUGAUCUUCAAUGCUGGAGAGCUGACUCUGGUGGAAUACGGGAGUAAUGACACGUUGGGUUCUGUGCGCACUGAGUUCAUGAACCCUCACCUCAUCAGUGUCCGUAUUAAUGAGAGGCGCCAGCGAGGAAUGGAAGAUAAUAAGAAAUUGGCUUAUCUUGUUGAUAUUAAGACUAUUGCUGUAGUGGAUCUGAUGGGUGGCUACAACAUUGGUACCAUCAGCCAUGAGAGCCGUGUGGAUUGGUUGGAACUUAAUGAGACUGGGCACAAGCUCCUCUUCAGGGACCGGAAACUUCGUUUACAUCUGUACGACAUUGAAAACUGCUCUAAGACAAUGAUCCUCAACUUCUGCUCCUAUGUGCAGUGGGUUCCAGGAAGUGAUGUGCUGGUAGCUCAGAACCGGAACAGCCUAUGUGUCUGGUACAACAUUGAGGCACCUGAGAGGGUCACCAUGUCCUCUAUAAGGGGUGAUGUUGUUGGUCUGGAGCGGGGCGGGGGAAAGACUGAAGUGAUGGUGACAGAAGGUGUGACUACAGUUGCCUAUACACUGGAUGAGGGCCUUAUCGAGUUUGGAACAGCCAUUGAUGAUGGCAACUAUAUCCGGGCAACAGCCUUCUUGGAAACCCUGGAAAUGACCCCGGAAACAGAGGCAAUGUGGAAAACCUUGAGUAAACUGGCUCUAGAGGCAAGGCAGCUACACAUUGCUGAGAGGUGCUUUUCUGCUUUGGGCCAUGUAGCCAAAGCUCGAUUCCUGCAUGAGACCAAUGAGAUUGCAGAUCAGGUGUCCAGGGAAUAUGGUGGAGAAGGAACAGACUUCUAUCAGGUCCGAGCACGUCUAGCCAUGCUGGAGAAGAACUACAAAUUGGCUGAAAUGAUCUUCUUGGAACAGAAUGCUGUAGAGGAGGCUAUGGACAUGUACCAGGAGCUGCACCGUUGGGAUGAGUGCAUUGCUGUGGCUGAAGCCAAGGGACAUCCAUCCCUGGAGAAGUUACGCCGGGAUUACUACCAGUGGUUGAUGGACACACAGCAAGAGGAGCGUGCAGGUGAACUACAGGAGAGCCAAGGAGAUGGGCUAGCAGCUAUCAGCCUCUACCUUAAAGCUGGACUCCCUGCCAAAGCUGCACGGCUGGUGUUGACCCGAGAGGAAUUGCUAGCCAACACAGAGCUAGUAGAGCACAUUACCACAGCCCUCAUUAAGGGGGAACUGUACGAAAGGGCAGGUGAUCUCUUUGAGAAGAUUCGAAAUCCACAGCGGGCCCUUGAAUGCUAUUGUAAAGGCAACGCAUUCAUGAAAGCGGUGGAGUUGGCUCGAUUGGCCUUCCCAGUAGAGGUGGUGAAACUGGAGGAGGCCUGGGGGGACCAUUUGGUGCAGCAGAAGCAGCUUGAUGCAGCCAUCAAUCACUAUAUUGAAGCCAGGUGCUCCAUUAAAGCAAUUGAGGCUGCCCUGGGUGCCCGCCAAUGGAAGAAGGCAAUUUAUAUAUUAGAUCUACAGGACCGGAACACUGCAUCUAAAUACUAUCCUCGUGUGGCCCAACACUAUGCAUCUCUGCAGGAGUAUGAGAUUGCUGAGGAGCUCUAUACUAAGGGAGACCGGACCAAAGAUGCUAUAGACAUGUACACCCAGGCUGGAAGAUGGGAACAAGCCCACAAGCUGGCAAUGAAGUGUAUGAGACCAGAAGAUGUGUCCGUGCUGUAUAUAACCCAGGCCCAAGAAAUGGAGAAGCAGGGCAAGUACCGUGAGGCUGAAAGGCUGUAUGUGACGGUGGAAGAGCCUGAUCUUGCCAUCUCCAUGUUCAAAAAGCACAAGUUGUAUGAUGAUAUGAUCCGCCUGGUAGGGAAGCACCACCCAGAUCUACUCAGCGACACACACCUUCAUCUAGGCAAGGAGCUGGAGGCUGAAGGCCGACUGCAGGAGGCUGAGUAUCACUACCUUGAAGCCCAGGAAUGGAAGGCAACAGUAAACAUGUACCGAUCCAGUGGACUCUGGGAAGAAGCCUACCGGGUGGCCAAGGCUCAUGGAGGAGCUAAUGCCCACAAACAUGUGGCCUACUUGUGGGCGAAGAGUCUGGGAGGAAAGGCUGCAGUUAGGCUGCUUAACAAGCUGGGACUCCUAGAGGCUGCUGUUGACCAUGCUGCUGACAACUGCUCCUUUGAGUUUGCUUUUGAACUCUCUCGGCUGGCCCUCAAGCACAAAACCCCUGAGAUUCAUCUCAGAUACGCCAUGUACCUAGAGGAUGAGGGUAAAUUUGAAGAAGCUGAAGCUGAAUUCAUCAGAGCUGGUAAACCUAAGGAGGCAGUCCUCAUGUUUGUUCACAACCAGGAUUGGGAGGCAGCUCAGCGUGUGGCCGAGGCCCAUGACCCUGACAGUGUUGCUGAGGUACUUAUAGGGCAGGCCCGUGGAGCCUUGGAGGAAAAAGACUUUCAGAAAGCAGAAGGGCUGCUCCUCCGGGCCCAGAGACCAGGCCUGGCUCUCAAUUAUUAUAAGGAGGCUGGACUGUGGAGUGAUGCUCUGAGGAUCUGCAAAGACUAUAUGCCUGGCCAGCUGGAGGCCCUGCAGGAAGAGUAUGAACGGGAAGCUACCAAAAAAGGGGGCAGAGGUAUGGAGGGACUCGUGGAGCAAGCUCGACAAUGGGAGCAGGCUGGAGAAUAUAGCCGUGCAGUAGACUGCUACCUCAAAGUGCGGGACUCAGGAAGUAGCAGUCUGAUGGAGAAGUGCUGGGUGAAGGCAGCUGAACUCUCCAUCAAGUUUCUGCCUCCCCAGCGCAGUCUGGACGUUGUUCGAGCUGUAGGACCCCAGCUCAUUGGAAUUGGAAAGCACAAUGUAGCUGCAGAGCUUUAUCUGAACCAGAACCUUGUAAAGGAAGCAAUCGAUGCUUUCAUUGAGGGUGAGGAGUGGAACAAGGCCAAGCGAGUGGCUAAGGAGUUAGAUCCCCGGUAUGAAGACUAUGUUGACCAGAAUUAUAAGGAGUUUCUCAAGAACCAGGGCAAAGUGGACUCGUUGGUGGGUGUGGAUGUGGUAGCUGCUUUGGACCUGUAUGUGGAGCAGGGUCAGUGGGACAAGUGCAUUGAAACAGCUACCAAGCAGAAUUACAAGAUUCUGCACAAGUAUGUGGCUUUGUAUGCGACUCAUCUGAUCCGGGAAGGUGGCUAUGCCCAGGCACUGGCCCUCUAUGUGCAGCAUGGAGCCCCUGCCAAUCCACAGAACUUCAACAUUUAUAAAAGGAUCUUCACUGACAUGGUCAGCUCUCCUGGGACCAACAAUGCCGAGGCCUACCAUAGCUGGGCUGAUCUUCGAGAUGUUCUCUUCAACUUGUGUGAAAACCUGGUAAAAUCCAGUGAAGCCAACUCUGUAGCCCAUGAAGAGUUUGAGACAAUGCUGCUGAUUGCUCAUUACUAUGCCACACGCUCUGCAGCCCAGAGCAUCCAUCAGCUGCAAACUGUGGCUGCCAGGCUUUCUAUUUCACUCUUGCGCCACACCCAACUACUACCUGCAGACAAGGCCUUCUAUGAAGCAGGCACUGCUGCCAAGGCAGUUGGCUGGGAGAACAUGGCCUUCAUCUUCCUCAACCGCUUUUUGGAUUUGACUGAUGCAAUUGAAGAAGGGACUCUGGAUGCCCUUGACCACUCAGAUUUUCAGGACACAGACAUUCCCUUUGAGGUGCCACUCCCAGCUAAGCAGCACAUACCGGAGGCCCAGAGAGAAGAGGUUCGAGACUGGGUGCUCACGGUGUCAAUGGACCAGCGUCUGGAGCAAGUUCUACCUCGGGAUGAACGUGGGGCUUAUGAGGCUUCCCUAGUGGCAGCGAGCACUGGAGUCCGGGCACUGCCCUGCCUCAUUACAGGUUACCCCAUCCUGAGGAAUAAAAUUGAAUUUAAGCGGCCAGGGAAGGCUGCUAACAAGGACAACUGGAAUAAGUUUCUCAUGGCCAUCAAGACCUCCCACAGCCCAGUAUGCCAGGAUGUGCUGAAAUUCAUCAGUCAGUGGUGUGGAGGGCUCCCCAGCACUAGCUUUUCCUUUCAGUGAGGAAGAGUCUGGGCCUCUUUCAUUAAA